CUUAGCCCUAAGUCUGAAGCACUCGCAUAUUCUCAAACAACCGGCAUUCCGCCCCUUCUUUCCGUUCCGCCCUUACGUAGUCUCUAGACCCUGGGGACCAGUGACCCAAUUCCUCAGAGACUAUUAUAGCAUAUGCCCAGGGGUGGUUCCACCAAGAUGCGAUGGCCUAUACACUCCCCAUUCAAUAUCUCCUCACCCCAUCAAUUCGCUUUCCCCCGAGGAUAUAGACCAUCUCCCCGCGUACCCAGCCAUCCAGCCUGGAAGUCCACCACCCCCUUGCCCUACUCCUCAUCCGCAACCUCACACUCACACCCCGCUCCCAAAACCCAAACCCAAGCCACCGACUACCAACACAACUGGGUAGAUGACGCAGAGACGCUGGCGCGGUAUAGACCACCACCCAUCCGACCGCUCGAACUCGGCAUCGACGCCGGGGAAUUCUCCCUCGCAGACGCGCACCUGAUCCUGGGCGACUUCGGCGAGGUUUCGAGCCGUCCGCCGCGCUGUCCGCCGCCGCGGCCGACAUCUGGAGUCUGGGCUUGGCCAUCUGGGAGAUUUUUGGGGGGCCUGAAGGCCCCCUCUUCAGUGGUGGAGGUUGGCACGGCGGAGGAGCUCGUCGCCCAAGGUGCCCCAAAGCAGGAUCGGGAUAUUUGGCCGCCAAUCGACCAGGAAUUUGAGGACAGGGUGCAGCAUUAUCGCAGGAAGCGGAAAAUAGGCGAGUUUGGGGCGGAGGAGACGGCGGCGAUUUUGGAUCUCAUGCGGCGGAUGUUGGCGUUUCGGCCGGAGGAACAGCCCGUCGACAGCGGAGGUACUGCAAUCGGAGUGGAUGAUUGA